AGAUAUACAAACUUCCUCCUCUACAUCCAAGAUGGCGCCUGUGGACAGCGAAAGUACUCCUUUGGUCAAAGUUACAGACUCAGAACCGUCUGGAUGUGGAGAUUCACCCUUAUGCAACCCUCGCAGUAGAUUACAUAGAUAUGUAGCGCUUAUUUUUAUAUGUUUUCUCAGCUUUGGUAGUUACUAUUGCUAUGACAACCCGGCAGCCUUAGAAAAAGAGAUUGAAAGAGAUCUUCAGAAGAAAACCUCAGAAUAUGUACUGCUUUACUCCCUGUACUCAUAUCCCAAUGUUAUYUUGUGCUUUAUUGGAGGGUAUCUUAUUGAUAGAGUGUUUGGAAUAAGACUUGGCACAAUGAUAUUCAGCACACUGGUGACAAUAGGGCAGGUGGUUUUUGCAUUUGGAGCCUUYACACAUAAGUACUUUGUMAUGGAAACAGGACGAUUUAUAUUUGGCCUUGGAGGGGAAAACCUAGCAGUUUGUCAAAAUGCUUAUUCAGUUGCAUGGUUUAAAGGCAAUGAAUUGAAUAUGGUAUUUGGACUACAACUUAGCUUCUCACGUAUAGGUAGCACAGUAAACAUGAAUGUCAACCAUCAUAUUUAUGACUUCUUUAGCCGGUUUUAUGCUGCUGAGUAUGCAUACAAAGCCUUAGGACUCACUUUAUUUGUGGGUGUUGGUAUCUGUCUGUUUUCUUGGCUUUGUGGUGCCAUUAUUGGAUUGUUAGACAGAAGAGCWACAAAGAUUCUCCAUAAGGAAGAUUCAACAACUGGGGAAGUUAUAAGUUUAAAAGACGUCAAAGAUUUUCCAGCCACACUUUGGCUUAUCUUCAUCAUCUGUGUAGCAUACUAUGUUGCUAUCUUUCCCUUUGUUGGACUUGGUUUACUUUUAUUUGAAGAGAAAUUUGGAUUUACACCUAACGAGGCUGGUUUGGUUAAUAGUAUUGUAUUCAUCAUCUCUGCUGCUGCUUCACCAUUUCUUGGGUUUGUUGUUGAYAAGACAGGAAAGAAUGUCUUUUGGGUUCUUCUGGCCAUUAUUCUGUCAUUAGCUGCUCAUGGAAUGGUAGCAUUCACUUUUUGGAAUCCUUUUGUUGCUAUGAGUGUACUAGGGGUGGCAUAUUCCUUACUAGCCUGUGCCUUGUGGCCACUUGUAUCUCUUGUUGUACCUGAAUACCAGCUUGGAACGGCUUAUGGAUUUAUGCAGUCCAUCCAGAACCUUGGCCUUGCUGUUAUCACUCAAGUUGCUGGUAUUAUUGUUGACAAACAGGGAUAUUUGGUACUAGAAAUAUUUUUCUGUGCAUGGCUCUGUGUUGCAUUAAUAGCUACAAUAUUUUUAUAUCUCGUUGAUGCAAGUAAAGGAGGAGCUCUCAACCUUUCCACCGCUGAAAGAAACCAAAUUGCSGCUCAGUCUAAAGUUGGAGUUAAAAGUCUUGGUGAUGAAGAGUCUGUAAGAAGUGAGGAUUCAUUCCCAGGCAUCAGUCCUGUAGURCCUCGUUCUGCUGCACAGCUUCGCAUGAGAUUCUUGUCACGUGUGGGACAACAGUACUUCCAGAUUCCAGAAAGCCACCGAAGUCACGCACUCGCUUAUCCACAUGUGUUGAAAUAACUGAUGGAAUCACAUGACAAGAACACGUGAUCGAAUGCUUUACUCCUCCCAAGUCUGAAACAAUGACGCAACUAUAGAUAAAUGUAUCGUUUUCAGUUAGUUUAUUUUAUAAGUGACCAUCAGAUUUCAUUGCAACUAUAGAUAAAUAUAUCAAUGCAUAACAGAUAUAUAUAUAAGGGGGCGUAGCCAGGGGGUUCACAGGRUGCAUGUGACCCCCCUUUCAAAUCCAAAAAAGCGCGAAAAGCAUAGAUUGAUAGGACAUCAUAUUGACAUCAUUUGACGUCACAGUGACAAUUUGGUAUUUAAGGACUCCCCCAAAGAAAAUACUAGAUACGCCCUUGCAGAUAAAGAGAAAACGGAAUAUUUAUCACUUUUGCACAGGGGGGGGGGGGAGGGGGGGUAAGAAUUUGCUACUUCUCUGACGGGUAUUUCACGAUUUCUAAAAUCUUAGAUUUUACGGGUUUAAAGCAACAUUUUCGUCGAUUUUUAAGAAAAUUUCAGUGCGCUUUGUUAAAUUGCGAUUUUCAGACACUCCUUGCGCACCUCCCUCCUGGUACAGGGAUCCCAACUUGUAAAGCGUUUUUAUCUUUUUUGUUGGAGCAAGCGUAAAUUACUACUCAUUUUUCUGUUUAUUGACUAAAUAUGUAAAUAAUUUAUUCGUUAUUUCUAUAAGAGAAUUUUAUAAGACUAUUCUUUGAUUGGUAUUGAAUUGUAAGCAUUGUGGGACGGUUUAACAAUUCUUGUGCCAAUCAUAUGAACAGAGUGUUUGCAACCCUUGAUACACACAUUGAUACAGUCAGUCUGUUGCAUGAUUUCCGCCAUGUCUUAUUGUUCUGUCUGUUUUUGUGUGCGUGCCGUGUUUUUGUGUGUGUGCCGUGUGAUGUGUGUGUGUCUUGUAAUGUGUGCUUUGUGACUUUAUGUUCAUAUGUUUUUGUAUUUGGUACAUCUUGUGUUUUGUCUUUGUUUUUUUCAUGUCCAGCUAUGAUCUUAAAAAUAAAAGUUUUCACGGGUUCAGAAAAUAACACUCUGUUUWCAUAUUACUUUAUAUUUGCUAAGAAAAUAAAGAGAAUUAUAAUAAAUAAA